AUGGGGUGGAUGGGGGAUACCGUUGAUUCCAUCAAGUCCAUCCAGAUCCGCCAGCUCCUUUCGCAGGGCGUUAGUCUUGGUAUGAUUGUUACCUCUGCGCUAAUAAUAUGGAAAGCGUUAAUGUGCUUCACUGGCAGCGAAUCUCCAGUGGUGGUUGUGCUUUCUGGAAGUAUGGAACCAGGAUUCAAAAGGGGUGAUAUUUUGUUUCUGCACAUGAGCAACGAUCCUAUCCGUACCGGCGAGAUAGUUGUCUUUAAUGUUGAUGGCAGGGAAAUUCCGAUAGUCCACCGUGUGAUUAAGGUUCAUGAAAGACAAGAAACUGGGGACGUUGAAGUUUUGACCAAAGGAGACAAUAAUUAUGGGGAUGAUAGGCUUUUGUACGCUCAAGGUCAGCUAUGGCUGCAGCGGCAUCAUAUCAUGGGCAGGGCUGUUGGAUUCUUACCGUAUGUUGGCUGGGUGACAAUCAUCAUGACUGAGAAGCCUAUUAUCAAGUAUAUACUUAUUGGUGCAUUGGGGCUGCUGGUCAUAACUUCUAAAGAUUGA